CUCGCCCGUGUCUGUCGUCAGGCCUUGGGUACAGCCAGCGACUGCGUUCGGAUGAGUCAAGAGGAUUCUUUGCCGUAGCAGCGGUUGCUGGAAGUUGAUUCAAGCGAGCCUUUGUGCUGUAGAAACUCCGCGGACAGUGAGGAAGAACUACUGAGCCAAGAGCUGUGUGCUUGCUCGCUUAUCUGGGGUGUGAGCUCCAUCAAACCCGGUGCUGUGGCUUCCGAGUCAGCGUGUUAAUAAUGUAGCAGUACCAGUCGUAAAAUGCGGGCUUGUCCCAUGAGAAGGAUAAUACCUUAAAAACUGGCAAUGUCUAUUGUACAUUGUCUAUCAGAAGGAUGGCUACUGGAUCACCUCUUCUUCGUAAACAAGUCUGGCUACCAAUUGUGCCACUCCCAUGAACGCUCUGCCAGAGACUUCCUUGGUGUUUCUUCUGCUGCUGCUUCCUCAGAUAAAUAUCCUGUUGUGGAUGCUAGCCCAGCUACUUCAAACGGUUGCAGAAAAAAAUCUGUUUCUGAGCUGGGAACUGCAGGGAAAAAGUCAGAUGCAAUGCUAAAUAAGACAUACAUGUUCCGGGAAGAAUUUUUUAAUGUGUUUAAACCCCACAUAGCUGUAGACUUUCAAAAGGAACCCCAGCAGCAGAGCUUUGAGGUUGGUCUGGAAGAUGGAAAAGAACGGCAGGAAGGAGCCAAGAGUGACGUCUCUCAUUCUGUUGCUCCAAGAAAGAAAAGAAAAAGAAGCCGUGAAUUCAACCGUGGUGAACAUGAUGCUUUGGAAUAUCAUUUAAAAAUAAGCAAGGUGAUUGCAGAGGGUACCAGAAGUUUAGUCCAAGAGGGACUCAAAAGUGGCUUUCUUCAGCCCAGUUCUAUGAAGCCAGUCUGUUCCAAGACUCAUGAUAUGAGACCCAGUGAUUGUGGUUUGGCUGAAUUAUGUGAGAUGGCAAAACAGUAUUCUUCUGUGAAUGAAACAGAGCAAACAACUGUAAGCAAGAUAGAUGAAGAAGCCUUUCUACCAGAACAGGUUCAACUUUCCUGUGUUACACAAAACAUCAUGAACUAUACAAAGUUAAUAACAUUAAUGGGACAUAAAUAUUUAUUUCCACCCAAAAGCUGUUUUCUUUUAUCUGAUAUUUCUUGUAUGCAGCCACUUUUGAAUUAUAAUAAAAAAUUUGAUGUAAUUGUGAUAGAUCCACCAUGGGAGAACAAAUCUCUUAAAAGAAGCAAUCGGUAUAGCCACUUGCCACCAUGGCAAAUCAAGCAAAUUCCUGUGCCAGCCCUGGCAGCCCCAGAAUGCCUUGUGAUCACAUGGGUGACUAACAGACAGAAGCAUCUCCGUUUUGUGAAGGAUGAACUUUAUCCCCACUGGGCUGUGCAUGGAGUGGUAGAGUGGUACUGGGUGAAGAUUACAAGGUCUGGAGAGUUUGUGUUUCCAUUAGAUUCUCCUCACAAGAAGCCUUAUGAAGUUCUCGUAUUGGGCAGAAUCCAAGGAAGUAGAGAUCUGCCAUUAAGGAACAAAAUAUCGGGAGAUGAAGCACUUCCAAUUCCAGGCCAUAAAUUAAUUGUGAGUGUGCCUUCCACUCUUCAUUCACAUAAACCUCCUCUUACAGAGAUUCUGAAAGAAUAUACUAGACCAGAUGUGGAGUGUUUGGAGCUAUUUGCUCGGAAUUUGCAGCCUGGAUGGACCAGUUGGGGCAACGAAGUUCUCAAAUUUCAGCAUAUGGAUUACUUUACUGAAGUGCAAAAUAAAAAGUGACUGGAAUGGCAGAGCUUUGGUGGCAGUCUGAUUAAGUUUUUGCAAUCAGCUUGUGGAACUUUGUAAUUAUGCGUGUCCAUUGCAGUAGGGCUCUCGGGAUUUCUGUGGAUUAGAAACUAUCACACAUGGAUUUGUCUGCAGAGUAAUUACAAUAUGUGUAUACUUCAGUGAAGGAAGAGAGAGGGUAAAUAUGUUUGAGCAAUCAGGCAUGUUCAAUGCUAUGUAUUGCCAACAGGUAUGUAUUUCUCAUGUUGAAGCAUACUAUUUUGCCCCAGUACAAUGGUUUGCCCAAUAUUGAAGAAUACCCAUAUGCCCAAGUAGGAACUUGCAUUCCCAUGUGCAUCCCAAGAAAUUUUAAAUCUAAAGUUUAUAUUAUGUAUAACUAGUUUUACUAUCAUCCAAUUCUUGUCCAUUAUAUGUCUGAAUAUCCCUUUUCAUUUGGAAAUGAAGGUUUUAUAAAUUAACUGUAGGUAAAAGUUGAAAAUUAUUACUAUUAUUUCUAAGGCACUGGUUCUUACUAGCUGCUUUAGGUGGUUUUUAAAAGUAAAAAAGAAAACCUCUAUCCAGCUUAAGUUAAUUAUGACUAUCACAUUGAAUGCCAUAUAAUUUACAGUAAUAGUGAUUAGCUUGUUCUGUUGGUUUUGGUAGGACUUAACUGGGACCUCCUUUGCUGGAUUUAGGCAUUAUUUUAACAUUUUCCAUCCCCCUGAUACUUACAGGACUUAAAUUUAAUUGAGUAAAUACUUAUCUGUAUGUUUGCUGGAAAUGAUGUUCUACAAUAAAUACAACAAUAAUUAAAUUAUUUUUUAGAAUGACAAACUGCCUGUGUCUUGCUUUAGCUUGACAAAACCACUGUAAUAAAAAUUACCAUACAUCAAUAUGCAAGAUUGUAUCGAAAGGGAUAUCUUAAGAAGAAAUCAUUAUUUAAAGAAUAAAUCUUUUUCUACAAUAAAUUGGAUAUACUUUGGAUUGAUCAGUGUGCUGUUAAAUUUUAAAUAAGCCCAGGAAGUUUACAAAUAGAUUUUUUUGUACCUUGAAUAAUAAAAGAUCAA